GAACUAAUAUUUGCUACAACCAGAGACUGAAAUGGUAUGACUGGAGCUUUAAAUAAUUUCACUUUGUCAGCUCCAUCAUUUACUGAGAACUUGGAACGGAAUUUGAACUCUGCUUCUGCGCUAUCCUAGGUUAUAAUGCCAUCCUUGCCUAAUGAGGGAGAUAACCAAGGAACCACUCCUCUGACUUUGAGUUCGGAACUACCCUAUCAAAGCACAAUUAAAAGGAAAGUCAGAAAGAAGAAAAAUGGAGUCAUCACUGCAAAUGUUGCUGGCACAAAAUAUGAAAUUGUACGAGUAGUGAUACAAGAAAUGGGAUUUGUGAAAACACGUGAUGAAGAUGAAACAGCCAACCUUAUAUGGAGCGAUUCUGCUGUGCAGCAAGAAAAGAUUGCUGAACUUCGGAAUUAUCAGAGAAUCAACCAUUUUCCAGGAAUGGGAGAAAUCUGCAGAAAGGAUUUUCUGGCAAGAAACAUGACUAAAAUGAUCAAGAGUCAGCCUCAGGAGUAUAGCUUUAUUCCUCGAACAUGGAUCUUCCCUGCAGAAUAUACACAGUUUCAGAACUAUGUAAAAGAACUGAAGAAGAAACGCAGACAGAAAACGUUCAUAGUCAAACCAGCUAACGGUGCAAUGGGACACGGGAUCUCUUUAAUAAGAAAUGGAGAAAAGUUGCAAGCUCAGGAUCACUUGAUUGUUCAGGAAUAUCUUGACAAACCGUUUCUUAUGGAAGGCUACAAGUUUGAUUUACGUGUAUAUAUUCUUGUUACCUCCUGUGAUCCAUUAAAAGUAUUUUUAUAUCAUGAUGGACUGGUGAGAAUGGGCACAGAGAAGUAUCAUCCUCCCAGCGACUCAAAUUUGAGUCAAUUGUAUAUGCAUCUGACUAACUACUCUGUCAAUAAACAUAACGAACACUUUGAACGGGAUGAAACAGAAGACAAAGGAAGCAAACGCUCCAUAAAAUGGUUUACUGAAUUUUUAGAAACUAAUAAUCUUGAUGUCUCCAAAUUCUGGAAUGAUAUUUCAGAGUUAGUAGUGAAGACUCUUAUAGUUGCAGAGCCACAUGUUCUUCACGCUUACCGCAUGUGCAGGCCAGGGCAAGCACCAGGAAGUGACAGUGUCUGCUUUGAAGUCCUAGGAUUUGAUAUUCUGCUGGACAGAAAACUAAAACCAUGGCUCCUGGAGAUUAAUCGUGCUCCAAGCUUUGGAACUGAUCAAAAAAUAGACUAUGAUGUAAAAAAAGGCGUUCUGCUAAAUGCAUUAAAGCUUCUCAACAUACGGACAAGUGAUAAAAGGAGAAAUUUAGCUCAACAGAAGGCUGAGGCUCAAAAAAGACUGUACGGUCAAGGUUCGAUGAAAAAACUGUUGCCUGGUUCCUCAGACUGGGAGAAGCAACGCCACACACUGGAAAGGAGAAAAGAAGAACUGAAGGAGAGACUUGCACAAGUACGCAAACAGAUUUCCAAAGAGGAGCAUGAAAAUAGACACAUGGGGAACUACAGGUAAUUAUUUUUGGGUGUGUUAGUAGCAA